AUGGACGAAGCCGCCGGGGAUUUGAAGCAGGCGCUGCCCAACGUCUGCGACAGCGUCCAGGUCCAUGUGGAAGUCCACCAGAAGUCGAGCAGUGCGGCCAAGAAAGAAGAUAUCAGGAUGAGCGUCUUAAAGCUGCUGAACAGACAUAACAUCGUGUUUGGUGAUUACAAGUGGACAGAGUUUGAUGAUGGUUUCCUUAACAGCAACGUGCAGUCCGUCUCGAUUGUGGAUACGGAGCUGAAACUGAAAGACAGACAGCCUAUUGACUUGAGCAAAAGCAGUCUUUCUCUUCACAUUUUUCAUCUGAAUGAAGAAGGACCAAGCUCUGAAAACCUGGAAGAAGAGAAUGAGGAUAUCAUUGCAGCUAACCACUGGGUGCUACCAGCAGCUGAAUUCCAUGGCCUUUGGGAAAGUCUUAUAUAUGACACUGAAGUAAAAUCACACUUACUUGAUUAUGUGACGACGACCUUACUAUUUUCUGACAAAAACGUUGACAGCAACCUGAUAUCGUGGAACAGAGUUGUUUUGCUGCAUGGCCCUCCUGGAACUGGGAAAACUUCUCUCUGUAAAGCGUUGGCUCAGAAGUUGACAAUUCGACUGUCGUACAGGUAUAGGUAUGGACAGUUAAUUGAGAUAAACAGCCAUAGCCUUUUCUCUAAAUGGUUUUCUGAGAGUGGCAAGCUUGUAACCAAGAUGUUCCAGAAGAUUCAAGAGUUAAUUGAUGACAAAGAUGCUCUUGUAUUCGUCCUGAUUGACGAGGUGGAAAGCCUCACAGCAGCCCGCAGUGCCUUCAAGGCAGGCACCGAGCCUUCGGAUGCUAUUCGUGUGGUGAAUGCUGUACUGACACAAAUCGAUCACAUUAAAAGGUAUCCCAAUGUAGUUAUCCUGACUACUUCAAAUAUUACGGAGAAAAUUGACAUGGCCUUUGUAGACAGGGCUGACAUAAAGCAAUACAUUGGACCUCCAUCCACUGCAGCAAUAUUUAGAAUAUAUCUUUCUUGCUUGGAAGAACUGAUGAAGUGUCAAAUAAUAUAUCCUCGACAGCAGCUUCUGACACUUAGAGAACUAGAGAUGAUAGGCUUCGUAGAAAAUAAUGUGUCCAGGUUAAGCCUCGUACUAAAAGAAAUCUCAAGAAGAAGUGAAGGUCUUAGUGGCCGGGUCCUGAGAAAACUUCCUUUCCUAGCACAUGCACUUUAUAUUCAAGCCCCCAGUGUCACAAUGACAACGUUUCUUCAGGGUCUUUCACUUGCAGUAGACAAACAAUUCGAAGAAAGGAAGAAACUUGCAGACUGCGUGUGAUGCUCCUCGGUUUUACAGUUGUCUGUACUGUUAACGCUGAAAACGACAUAUUUUCGGUACAAACUGUUACUUACGCAUCUGUAAAACAGAUUGUCAACACCUUAAAAAACCUGGAAUGCCUAAUCUAGUUUUUCAAAACAUUCAUCAAUAAACACUUAAUACAUUUUACAGCG